CGCGCCGCGGACGCCAGCCAAUGGGAGCCCCGAGCGGCGCUGGGACGCGCGGUGGCGGCGGGCGGCGGGAAAGCGCGAGGAUGGCGGGCCGGCGCGGGGCCCUCAUCGUGCUGGAGGGCGUGGACCGCGCCGGCAAGAGCACGCAGAGCCGCAAGCUGGUGGCCGCGCUGUGCGCCGCGGGCCACCGCGCCGAGCUGCUCCGUUUCCCGGAAAGAUCAACCGAAAUUGGCAAACUUCUGAGUUCUUACUUGGAAAAGAAAAGCGAGGUGGAGGACCACUCGGUGCACCUACUUUUCUCCGCGAACCGCUGGGAGCAAGUACUUGUCUUUUUCACAUUGGGCUUUGCUGGGAGCACCCCGGUGGCAUCUUCUAAGGAGAAGAUCCAGAGCUUUUCUGAAUGCACACAAGGCCACAGAUCACUGCCCUGUCAUCCCUCUACUGUGCCGCUGAUUAAGAAGAAGUUGAGCCAGGGCGUCACCCUCGUUGUUGACAGAUACGCAUUUUCUGGUGUCGCCUUCACCAGCGCCAAGGAGAAUUUUUCCCUGGAUUGGUGCAAGCAGCCAGAUGUGGGCCUCCCCAAGCCGGACCUGGUGGUGUUCCUUCAGUUACGGUUGGCUGAGGCUGCCAUGCGGGGCGAGUUUGGCCGUGAACGCUACGAGAACGGGAACUUCCAGGAGCGGGCACUGCACCGCUUCCACCAGCUGAUGGCGGAUGAGACUUUGAACUGGAAGAUGGUCGACGCUUCCAAAAGCAUCGAAGAUGUCCACAAGGAAAUCCACGCCCUCUGUGUGUACACCAUCCAGGCUGCCGCGCAGAGGCCGCUGGGGGAGCUGUGGAAGUAGCCAUGCCACGCCCCCUCCUGUGGUCCUGCGAGGCCGAGCUGGGGGUACGUGGAUGCCCGGACGACGUGCUCACGGAGCAGGACGCAGAGACAAGCAGCUGCGGGUCAGCCCCCAGGAGCCCGUGGGGCGUGCUGUGGUGCCGCUGUCCUCGGUCCUCUCACCCCCAAGAUACCAGCAAAUUACUGUGUUUUGUGCUUUCGUACGGGAAUUUAACACACAGGCAGGCAGUUUCAGUGAAAUGGCAGUCAGUUAAAAUUCUCCCGAAUUUCUUACAGGCACUAAUAAAAAUUCAUUUGAAAAGA